AUGCGCUUUGACGAAGACGAUGAUGAGUACGACGACGAGAAUACUCACAGAGGAGAGAAUUUUAUAAACGGUGGUGGUGGUGGUGGUGCGUUCAUUGCGGCCUCCUCCCCGUCGUCUCUUCUCCUUCGUCGUCAAUCCGACGAAGCAGAAGAAGAAAGAGGAGGAGAAACGAUGUCGACGAAAGCGAUGAUGAGCGGCGAGAAAAAAAGCAACAACAACAACAACAACAACAGUGGUCGUCUCUCCGAAUACAACUUGCUCGAUUUAGUCGGCGAAGGAUCGUUCGGGAAAGUGUACAAAGCGAGAAAGAAGUUCACCGGUGAAACGUCCGCGAUUAAGUUCAUCGCGAAGAAAGGAAAAACGGAACGAGAUUUGAGAAGUUUAAGACAAGAGAUUGAUAUUUUGAGAGUGUUGAAACAUCCGAACAUCAUCGCCAUGCGAGACGCGUUUGAAACGGAACACGAGUUUUGCGUGGUCAUGGAAUACGCGCAAGGCGAGUUGUUUGAAGUAUUGGAAGACGAUAGGACGUUGCCAGAGCUAGAGGUGAAAGCAAUCGCUCGGCAGUUGGUGUCCGCGUUGCAUUAUUUGCACACGAAUAGAGUCAUACACAGAGAUAUGAAACCGCAGAAUGUUUUGAUUGGAGCGAAUAAGGUGGUGAAAUUGUGCGAUUUUGGGUUCGCGCGAUCGAUUCGAUCGCAAUCUAUGGUGAUGACAUCGAUUAAAGGAACGCCGCUGUACAUGGCGCCAGAGUUGGUGCAAGAGCAGCCGUAUAAUCACACCGUAGAUUUGUGGUCGCUGGGAGUUAUUCUGUACGAGUUAUUCGUCGGGAAGCCGCCGUUCUUUACCAAUAGCAUUUACACUUUGAUUCAAAAGAUUGUUCGAGACCCUUUGACGUGGCCGGAAGAUAUGAGCGCGGAGUUUAAAUCCUUUUUGAGAGGAUUACUAAAUAAACGACCGAGCGAACGGUUGUCGUGGCCGGCGUUGUUGGAACAUCCGUUUGUGAGGAAGAGCGAGUACGACGACGAACACGAACACGAUGACGAACACGAACACGAACGACAGCAACAACAGCAGCAGCAGCAGCAGCAACAACAACAACAACGCGGAGAAAGAGAGGCGGGUGAUCAAGAGGAACGACGAAGAAGAGCGGAGGAGGUUGAGAACCGGUUGUCUACGGGAGCAAAGACGACGACAACGACGACGGCGGCAGUAGCGACGCACAACAGACGUCCGUUAGCUUCCACGCCGCAAGGUGCGACGAGAACGACAAACGCCGCUACGACGACGACGACGACGACGAACAACAACAAGAUGCCAAUAGUUAGACGAGGUGGUUUACCUCGUAGAGAAGAUGUGCUCGCAGGAACAGCGACGGAUGGCUAUAGCACGCCAAAAAUACCGGCGAGAAGACCACCGCCGUCGACUACGCGAGGCACAGCGGUUACUGCGGCUACUACUACUACUACUACUACUGCUGCUGCUGCUGCUAUUGGUGGUGCUGCACUUAUCGGCGGAGUGGUUUCGGGAACGACGCCACGAACAGCAACGGCUGGUGAGAUGCCACAACGCCACGCGUCGAAUACUAAUCUUGCGAUUGAAAGUCAGCACGGGCAUGGUGUAGACUCGGCUUUACUUGAAUGCGAACUUAAAUCGCGCACGGAAGAUGGCGCCGCGCGUUUGCGACGAGAUCGGACGGCGAUUAAAGUUAUUUUAGCGGCUUUGCAGCCUCCUCGAAGCGCGCCUGGAUCAAAAUUUAAUAUUCUCGCGCUUCUAUCGCCAGGGAGUGAGCGCGAAAGAGGAACGUCUGCGCAUACUGAACCUGGUAUCGACGACGCGCCGUCUUCCAGUGGUUUGAGUAAUCACGCGAGCAACGCAAAUGGUCCAAUGCCAAAGUUGACGAGUUCUUUAGUAGAUGCGGUGUCUGCUCUGAGAACGCUUCGAAAUAUCGUGUGCGUUUCGAGCGCGAGUUUAGCAAAAGUAGGUGGCGAUGCCAGUGGUGCAUUAGCGAGAGAUGCUCCCGGCGCCGCGUUAUGGACCGUGCGGGCCAUCGCAGCGAUGUGGAAUCCAGUAAACGAAACAAAGGACGACGCGCAAAUGCGGGAAAAGUACGUUGCCUUUGAAAUCGAACGCGAGGAAGCGUUGCAACUCGCUUUGAACGUCGCGACGCUACUUGCGAGCGGAUCGGGCCCUUCCCCGUGGUGUAAUGUCGGAUUGGCAAACUAUUUACGCGCUUUAAGCGAGUGUUUGGUGAGUUUUGAACUGCGUCGAAAUAACGACGAUUCAGGCCACGACGAAGACAAACUUCGCCUUCGUCUGAUCCAAUCGAAGCUCGAGACGCAGCACUUUGCUCGGGUCGCCGUCACACGCGCCAUCGAUCUCGCCUCAAAGCGCGGUGAAUGUCAGGAAUGCGUCAUGGCACUUUCAAAGCUCCCGAAACCAACGUUUUGCGAAAGUUUAAUCGCGCAUUUAGCAUCGUCGUUUAGUCAGCUCGAACGCGAUUUACUCGAAGAGCAAGCGAAAAGCGCGCAAAAGAAAAAAGACAGAGAAAGUGGCAAAGAGUGCAAUAAUGCUCAAAAUGAAAACGACGAGCGCAAACGACGCGCCAUAUUCAAACGAAGAGGCGAGGCUGUCGGCGACGCUUGCGAUGCCUUGUUGAAAUGUUCUUCGUGUUACGCGCCGGUUUCGAUUACACUCGUCGCGGACUCAUUCGUUCGAUACGGCGAACGCAUGGGCGCAUUCCAAGCACUCAUUAAAGCGUCGUCAAAUUCAACAUACUGUGGAUUUCUCAGUCUCUCUGGGUGUCGUAUCAUUGGCGCGUGUUCGAGGGCGUCGACAGCUUUUGCUGACAAGGCGCUCGAAAAAGAUGCGUUGAUGCGCUUCUCGACGAGAUUGAUUAAAUUAGUCGCACGCGCUUCCGAGUUGUCCAAGGGAGUGACGCUAUCAUCAUCUCUCGAAACUAAAAGUGCAAUCAUGACUAAGUUACGUCCAGUUGCAGAUGGUAUCGCAGCUGUGGCGUACGCGUUACAUCCGUUGGCGAAGGAAAAUUGCGAGACUGCGCAUCCGGCGGAUUUUCUUUGCGACUCUGGCGUCGCGGAGAGCUGUUGCGACGCGAUGGAGAUUUUCUCCUCGUUUUCAACGUCGAUUGUGGCGACGAUAGCUCGGACGGCCCCAGGCUCCGACGCGUCUUCAAAAGCGAUCGAGGAGUAUAAAUCCUCGCAGCAUCUUGCGAUUUUCUCCUUACUCAACGUUUUGCGGUUACCGCUGGCGUUCAUCCCGACGAAAGGCUCAAACGCAGAAAAAGUUGGCGCCGUGGCAAACCGUAAAUUCAUGACAGUAUUGAAGGAAAAAAAUGUGCUCGGAACUUUGUUGAAGUGCGUGAAGUCGAUGAAGACAGAUCUGGAAAUGCGCGCGUUAAGAAAAUAUAACGGGAACGGUAACGAGAACGAGGAGGAAGAAGAAGAAGAAGUGGAAGAAGAAAAUAACACGACCAAAAACAAAGCGAAUAGCAAAAAGAACAAAAAAGCAGCGGCGGUUGAUACUGCUACUACUAGUAACAGCAGUGAAGCGCAUUCUUUAUCGAGUGCUAUUAGUUUAAUUUCGCGUCUGGUCGUCACCGGCGGCGAUGUCUUCAGCAACCAGUUCAUCGAAGCGAAAGGAUGCUCGGCGUCUCUCAGCGAGUUUGCGCUUUCGCAAUCUUCGUUUGCGUCCUCGUUGCUGAACAUUAAGCAGAAAUCUAUUAAAGUGGAGUUUGCGAACGAAGCAACAACCAUUGUUGAUUGGACUAUGAUUCUCUCACAGCUCGCCAAGAGUAACGAGAGUCGGUACGAAAAUGUUGGCGAGGCAAACGCAACUUUUCAUUUAACAAAGUUGCUUCGACACGAUGAUUUCAACGUGCGCGCGCGCGCAGCGAACGCACUCGGUAACCUUUGUCGCCACUCGGACUAUUUUUACGCAUCAUUUAAGAAGUAUGGGACGGUCGGCGCGCUGAUUGAUCGUUUAAACGCAGACGAAAAAGAGGAACCCUCUGCGUUGGUUCGAAAGUUUGCCGCUUUCGCCAUCGGGAACGCCGGGUUUCACUCCGAUUAUCUCUACGAUGAUUUGCGACGAUCAAUUCUCCCACUCGUGAGGAAUAUAGGUAAUCAUUACGGGUCAACUUUUGGUGUUGGAAGAAAAGAUGAGAACGAUGGGAAAACGAGAAGCAACGCCGCGGCGGCGCUCGGAAACUUGGCGAGAAACGGCGAUGCUCUCAUCGCAGACUUGCUUGCGAACGAUGUGCCCAAGGCGCUAAUUUUACUCGCCAAAGAGUACGCUUCAGAGAAGAGUAGCAGUAAAAAGAGUAGCAGUGUAGGAGAUAAGCAAACGCCCGCGCAUGUUGCGCUCUUUUCGCUCGGAAAUCUCUGCGCGCACGAAGAGUGCAGAUCGGCGCUGAUAAAAUUAGGGGUUCGAAAUGCUCUGCAGCAAUCGCGCACGAGCGAGGACGAAUUGCUCCGAAAAUACGCUCUGAGAGUGUUAGCGAAACUAGAAAAUUCUUAA